CCACCACCUCCGGCUUCCUUCCUCCACCCGGAUCCUCCUCCGUCACCUGCCUCCUUCAGCCGCCGCCUCAGCCCGGCACAGAGCUGCAAAGUGAGGAGAAGUCCAGAAGCGAGAGCCGCCGCUCCAUCACUGUGAUGCAGCGAUGACUUUACAUUACCCACGAUGAAACCUUCACAGUAGACUUUUUUUUAUUUCCCAGCCCGAGAAGCCCAAAAAAAACAAUGACAAACUUUAAGAGGCUGGUGUUGGGCCAGCGCUUCAUCCAUUGGAAACUCGCUGCAGCGACUCUUAUUUUUAUGGGAUUUGUGUUUUUAAUCCAAAAAGAAGUAGUUGACCGAGAGAUGGACGAGCUGACCAGAGAAGGAGGGGCUCACGUAAAAAAAAAGAAAAUGUUGGACAUGAUGAUUGAUGCUGUGAAUAAUUUUAAAGACUCUGUGCCAAAAAUGCAGAUUAAUGCCCCUGAAAAACAGAAGGACACUGAUGGCAAAAGACCUUGUCUACCUGGGUACUACACCGCAGCAGAGCUGAGGCCUUACCUGGAGAGGCCACCCCUGGACCCUCAUGCCCCCGGAGCAUCUGGAAAACCAUUCACACCGGAUAAACUCAGCCCCGAGGAAAAGAAAGAAAUGGAAGAAGGAGAAAAGAAACAUUGUUUUAAUUUAUUUGCUAGUGAUAGGAUUUCACUUCACCGAGACCUAGGACCUGACACCAGGCCCCCUGAGUGCAUUGAGCAAAAGUUCAAGAGGUGCCCUCCACUGCCCACGACAAGCAUCAUAAUCGUGUUCCACAAUGAAGCCUGGUCCACAUUGCUUCGCACCGUCUACAGCGUCAUGUAUACAUCCCCUGCCAUUCUUCUGAAGGAGAUUAUAAUGGUGGACGACGCCAGUACAGAUGAAUACUUAAAGGAUAAGCUGGAUGAGUACGUAAAGCCGUUUCAGAUAGUGAAGGUGGUCCGACAGAGGGAAAGAAAAGGACUGAUCUCCGCUCGUUUGCUCGGUGCUUCAGUAGCAACGGGUGACACUUUGACAUUUUUGGAUGCACAUUGUGAGUGUUUCUAUGGUUGGCUGGAGACCUUGUUGGCAAGAAUUGCAGAGAAUUAUACCGCUGUCGUCAGUCCAGAUAUUGUCACCAUUGACCUCGUGACUUUUGAGUUUAACAACCCGUCACCAUACGGAAACAAUCGCAACCGGGGGAACUUUGAUUGGGGCUUGGGAUUUGGAUGGGAAACCGUCCCGAGUUUGGAGAACAAGAAAAGGAAAGAUGAGACUUACCCAAUAAAGACACCAACUUUUGCUGGAGGUCUCUUCUCGAUUUCCAAGGAAUACUUUGAGCACAUUGGAAGUUAUGAUGAAGAUAUGGAGAUAUGGGGCGGUGAAAAUAUAGAAAUGUCUUUUAGAGUGUGGCAGUGCGGAGGGCAGCUGGAAAUCCUGCCCUGUUCAGUUGUCGGUCAUGUAUUCCGCAGCAAGAGUCCUCAUACCUUUCCUAAAGGCACUCAGGUGAUCAUCCGAAACCAGGUGCGCCUGGCCGAAGUGUGGAUGGAUGGUUUCAAAGAAAUAUUUUACCGAAGAAAUCGGGAAGCUGCAAACAUUGUCCAACAGAAAUCUUAUGGAGAUUUAUCAAAAAGAUACAGUUUACGACAAAACCUUCAAUGCAAGAAUUUUUCAUGGUAUCUGAAUAACGUCUAUCCGGAAAUGUAUGUGCCAGACCUGAACCCACUCAUCUACGGAGAUAUACAAAGUGUCGGCAAGCAGUGGUGUUUGGAUGCUGGAGCAGAUAAUUCUCAUGGAGACAAACCUCCUAUCCUGUACACCUGCCAUGGGCUGGGGGGUAACCAGUACUUCGAAUAUACACUAAGUCAUGAAAUUCGACAUAACAUCCAAAAGGAGCUGUGUCUCAGAGCUGGUAAAGGGCAGGUUCUCCUUAAGAGAUGUAAUUACAAAGGCAAAGGGACAACUGUUCUACCUGAGGAAAAAUGGGAACUUCAGAAGGAUCAGCUCCUCUACAAUGCUGCAUACAAUAUGUGCCUGACUGCAAAUGGCCCCAACCCAAGUCUUGUGCCUUGUAACCCCUCGGAACCUUUUCAGCAAUGGAUUUUCCGACAAAGCCCUUAAGAAAACGAUUGACCCCUUCUCUUUAACACUGUGAUAAGAAAAUACACUGUAACGUUUUAUGCCAUCGCAGCCGACUUGGUUUAGUUCGAAAACAGCUAAGUCUGUUGGGUUACGAAGGAAAGAACACUCGGAACGUUGUGGGUCUGCUGAAGAUGCCAAAGAAGGUCUUAAGUCUUAGUUUUUUUGUGUGCGUUUACAUGAUGAUUGUUAAUGGGUCGGGGGGGUCUCUUGAGUGUUUACAAUGACUACAAAAAACUUCUGGACAGGGGAGAGGGAACCUACCUUAAUGGAGAACUCCAUUCAGAAAUUCUAUAUAGAUUAUUACAAGGUGUUUGUGUGUUCCUUGCAUGCACAUUGUAGACUGUGUAUCUGCUGUUGCAAUAUGGUUUCUACAUUGUAUCCGCCAGUGGCUGGUUGUCUAGUUGAUGCAUGCACCAGCAAUUUAUUAGACUCCAGUGCCUUUUUGAGACUUUUCGAUAUAUACAAGAUGGCGGGUGCACAAUGUUAUGUGACGUGUAAGCUUCACCCGGGGUAGCAGACGUUUCUGAUAUGGCAAUUGGAAAUAUUGUAUCGUCAGACCUAACAAGGAAAAAAAAAAAGGGGGAUUUAAAACUUGUUGCUAUUUUCCAACCUGGGGUUUUAUAGCUAUGUCAUUGGGUAAACGUAUGGGAUUACAGUUUCUGUUUAAAGCCUCAUGCACGCGACCGUUUUUCGGGUCUGCGGUUUUUGCAGCUCGGGUGCUGACCCAUUCACUUCAAUGGGGCCGCAAAAGAUGCAGACAGCACUCCGUGUGCUGUCCGCAUCUGUUGCUCCGUUCCGUAGCCCCUCAAAAAAAAAAUAUAUAUAUAGCAUGUCCUAUUCUUGUCUGUUUUGUGGACAAGAAUAGGCAUUUAUAUUGAAGGCUGUCCGUACAUGCUUUGCACUUGGUACGCAGUAAACCAACCAAUAGGUGAUGACAAAGUGUCAGGUCUAGCAAAAUUUUAUAAUAUAACGUUAGCCACUGUGAUAAAUUUGGAGCAACUUUAGAUAUCCGGGUCUAAGUUUAGCUGUCGAACUAUUAGGAUUAGAAAAUUGGACCUGAUUUUCUUCAUACAGCACCAUUUAUUUUUCAGCAUUGGUCUGUCUCCAAGAUUAUGUUCAAAAUUUUCAGUGGCAGAAAUGGUGGUUUAGAACAUAGUUUUGGUUAAGAGCACGUGUCUGACCGACCCAAGAGAAUUUAUUAUCUAAAAACAGGGAGGGAAUAGUAAAGCGUGCCAGGC